AUGGGCCGAGUGGCCCCCCCCCUGCCUGCAUCCCUUGGCCUGUGCACCCCGGUGUGUGUAUGCGUGUGUGUGCAUGUGUGUGCGCCCCGUGAAACACCAAAGAUUAUUUUCUUUGUGACUGCUUCAGUCUUUGGCAAUCAAACUAGAGUCAAUGUUUUAUUCCAUCAUCCAGAGUUGACCAGAUGCCUUGGUUAUGGGCUCUUACAGGCAAUAGCUUGCUUGAUGGACAUGAAUGCGUUGUUGGACAGAUUUCACAAUUACAUCUUACCGCAUCUGAGAGGGGAAGACCGAGUUUGUCACUGCAACUGUGGAAGGCAUCAUGUCCAUUAUGUUAUUCCGUAUGAUGGGGAUCAGUCAGUGGUGGACUCCUCGGAGAAUUACUUUGUGACUGACAAUGUAACCAAGCAAGAGAUUGAUCUGAUGCUGGGACUUUUGCUGGGCUUUUGUAUAAGCUGGUUUCUGGUGUGGAUGGAUGGGGUUCUCCAUUAUGCAGUGCGAGCCUGGAGAACUAGCCGACGGUAUGACAAUUCCUGGUCAUGGAUUCCAAAAUUUUGUAACUUAAAGGAGUUCAGAAAACGUCACCACAGGCAGUACGAGGAGGCGACUGGGAACAUGGUGCACAUCAAACAGAAGCUGUACCAUAACGGGCACCCUAGCCCACGGCACCUCUGAGGAAUGUCUUCCCCUCCAAGAGACUGCAGUGAGGUUUUAAAAAGGACUUUGCUCUUCUUCCAGGGGAACAGCUACUAGUUUGCUCCUCUGUGGAAGCCAGCCGAGGACACAAUUUUACUUACCCAUCCUGUGUGUCCCUGUGGCACACCACGAUGCACAACUAAGCCAGUCCUGGAUGCUACGCAGCCAAGACUUUGCACUGUGUUCCACAUUUUAUUGUCAGACUUGUGUAUAUAUGUAAAAAAGCAGACAAACAAAAACGAGAAAAAAGAGAUUUGCAUUAUACUUUCAACCCCCCCCUUUUCCUGGCAUUCACGGCUGUCCUGCACAUCCAGCUGCCCUACGGGGAAUGUUGGCCAAGGGUAUGGAGGUGGGACAACAUGAAGAAGUUGCAGAGUUGUUCAUCCAAGAGCUCAAGUCCCCCGUUUCUUUGGUCCGUUGGCUUGGUCUUGCUCUGCUCUGUUCCUUCCGUUGCUAGAAUGGCUUGGCUGGUCACAGGUUUGGAUGGGGACUGCUGCCAGCUGGUUUUGGAGGCACAGUGUCCCUUUUGCUUUGGUUCAUGUCUUUGGGAGUUGCUGUGGGGGAAGGAAGACCUGGGAGUAGAUAACUGAUUUGUUGUUUGCAUUGCUAUACACUGAAACCUGCCUUAAGCAAGCCAAGAAAUCUCAGUACCAGGGGAACAGCACAAGAAGGGAUCAGUCCCAGUAACAGGGCUGGUGCUGGCUGGUGUUCGCCACUUUUAUACUGGUGGGACCUUGCUGAAGCCAGUGCUGUUACUCUUCACUAAUGCCGGGGAGUUGCUCCUGAUAGGAGAGGAGAAGUGUAUCGAGUUGACCGGUGUUAGAUCUGACUUGUACCCUGAUCAUACCCCCCUGCUGCAUCAACCCCACCCUCGCCUGGCAGGAAAGGAGCUGCUCUCCCCUUCUUCUCAGAGGGUGAGCCCGACCCCCUGAUUAAUACCCCCUAGAAACACCGACGAGGCAGCGAGAGGCUCCUGGUAACAGUCCCGCUCCUCCUGCACGUGCACAGCCACCUCGCUCCUUGUGUUACUGCUCUGAGCUGAGCACCUCAGCAGCAGCCUGGGCUUGGCUUGAGGAACACAGAGAGAUGUGGGCCUGAAGCCAAACUCAUCGACAGAGUCAAACGUCCUAAUGAUGGGUUGAACCAAGGUACGAGGAUGCUCUAACGUGGUUUUUUUUUUCCCUUCGCUUCCCCUGGUCACAGCUCAGCUGUGGGUUUCGAGACAGCUCUCAGGUGUCUGCAACCAACCUCCAGAGGCAGAGCCCUCCUUCACUUCCAGAGCUGCCCGAAGGGCUUGAUAAAGCCCGUGUGCACCCAGGCAGCACAGUGGUAUCCAAUUCCAGUAGAAGUCAUUUUUUUUUUUGGCUGCGGGAGUGAAGCAAAUGGGCCCAGAGCGCUCUGCUUUUGCACGUGCUGGGCUGUGGUCAGCAGCAGCCCUGCCAGCUGCAGCGGGGAGAGAGCGAUUUUUGUUGAGAGGAAUAAGGCAGGGAGACACGAGCUAGCCCCAAGAAUUUAAGGUGGUAGCCCUGUAUCCUAAUCAUUUCUCCUUCAUUCAUCAUUUUGUAUUGAGUGGGCUUGUGCUUAAAUGGGAAAAAAACCAUCCAGAACAAAGGGACAAUGAAUAUUAUCAGAAACUGCUGUUUUCUUCUAUGGAUUCCUUGACGCUGCCAGUGGCCUCCUCUUGUUUGAUUGCAAUGUCUGUGAAGGGAAAAGGACACCAUGACUCCCUGCUCUUUUCCUCCCUGGUUCAGCUUUUGUGUCUUUUUUUUUUUUUUUUCCUUUUAUCCCCCCUAUUGUUUCCCAUGCCCAGGAUCAGUUCAGUUAUUCACAAGCCCAAGAGCCACACCCCCCCGUUUCCCUGCCAUUCCUACCUUUGCUAUUCCCUAGUGCCUCUUGUCUUGGAGCCCCAGUUUCUGUCUGGGCCUAAAUAAUUGCCUGGUCUAUCCUUCUGUCUGCUUGACUGUCUGUCAUUCCGGACUUCCUCUGGUUGGAAUGUCUUCAGCCACCUGUUAGUAACUAAAGAAGGACUUUUCCUUAAGCAGCUCCUUUCCAAGGCACGCGGCUUCGCACGCUCCCUCACUGUAUGAGCUUUGUGCGUUUGACCAUGCGGACUCAUCCUCGAGCGGUGUAAGAUGCUCACUUCAGUGGAGUGUUCCUCAGCCUGGGCCAGCUGAGAGCUGGCCAAACAGCUGUUCUGGUUGCCCUUGGGGGACGGCACAUGCUUAACUGACAGCCAAGAAUAGGUACUGUGAAACAGGGACACGUCACGGACGUGUCUUCAGAUGGGACAACAUUUUGUAGGGGAGAAAAUUCCAUCAUGAUAGGGACAAAUACUGAGUCGCUGGAACUAGUUAUGGGGGGAAAAAAAGCACUUUAAAUAAUCUUUCCACUUGGAGCCUCUCGCAAGAGCGACUUAAGGCAGUGACUAAACUCAGACUGACUUAAAAGUCUGGUUCUGCCCUGCCUGAGCAACUGACCUUAGUUGAAAUAUCAUUAAAUAUGAAACUUAGACCUGGAAAGAGUGGAGUGAUGGCUCACACUGAUUAAGUCUGAUCCCCACCAGAAUUUCAGAAGAAUAUGAGCCUCUGGAAGAAGAAAAAAAAAAAAAAAAAAAAAAAAAAAAGUCCUACAUGGUUCAUAGACCCAUUAAGAACAGACUUUUUUUUUUUUUUUUUUAAUCUGCUGUGUUUGCAGCUAUUACCUUGUGAGCCUAUCUCCUGUUUACACUUAGCUAAAAAAUAAAACAAUACUCUCAGUGCAAUUAAAUUUCCUGGGAAAAAUUCACUGGUCUUAAAACCAAGGAAACCAGAAAUACCCUCAUAGAGCAAGGUUUGUCCCAGCACACACUAAACCAGUGGGAUUAAUCCUAGGCCUUUGAUGCUCAUCCUUAACAAACAAGGGACAAAGUUCCUUCCCAUGGGGUAAUUCCAGGUCCUAUUGCUGACCCGUGAGAUCUGGUGCACCUUCUGUGCAGGGGCGAUUUCAGAGAGAGAUGCGAGGUCAGCCUGCUGGUGUGAGAUGCCUUUUUUCCUCCGAGCCUAAGAAGCUCCUGUAGAUUUGACCCUACGUAACAGAGCUCAGAACGUGCCUGUUGCUGAGCCUCACACACCAAGGAACCUGCAGUGGGGAGACCCCCCUGCGCAGCAGCAGCCCAGGUCCCGCGUGCCGUUUAACCCACGGGGGUGUGCGAAUACCGACUGUUGUUCCCAACAGCCAAGUGUCUGCCACGUCUCCUCUCUGGGGAACACACUUACGAGCCCCCCAGUACCCCGAGAAGCAGCAGGUAGAAGAGGCAGCUGUGUGUUGAGUAUUGCAGAACCCCAGUACCAGCCUAUCGCCCCACGCAGCACCUGCGCGCUCUGCCUGACAUCAGCACUUUCGUCCCUGUCCUGUCGCCUCAGCGGGCUCUGCUCCAGGCAGGAGCCUUACCAACAGUGUCUGACUUCGUGGUCUCUCGUUCCUCUGUCCAAGUGAGGUUGCUACUGUUGCUCGCAGCUCAGUUGUCUGUAAAGUCUGCAAAGUCCGCCGUUGCGCUGUCGUCUUCUCCCGUGCAUGUGUUCGUUCUGCUUUUGUCUGGUUGUGGGGGUGUUUUCUCCUUGUUUAAUUGUCUGAGAUGUACUAGUGUUGACUUGUUUGUUGUUCUCUUGCCUCUGAUCCAGUCUCCACAACCCCCCCCCUCAAAAAAAAACAAAAACCCACAACCAAAAAAACCCACAGAUUGAAACAACACAACCCAAACCCAGCAACAACCCCAAACAAAAAAAAAGGGUUCAGUUGGGAGAAAGCGACUUUGGCAUCAGGGAGUUGACACAACAAGGUCAGGGCUAGGCAAGAUACCGCUCAGAACCUGUGGAAGAGAAAACACGGGGUGGCAAAGCUUGCAGCUGGCAGCUGUGUCUGCAGUGGCAGCGCUGUAGGGACAAAGGAGUGGGAAGUGUGCACCGUGUCUUAACGCUCAUCCACCAGAUGCUUUGAGGGAGGCUUCUGCAGGAUUAAGAUAGUGGGGGGAAUUUUGUGCUGCCUCAGGAGGGGCUAUUUUUAGAGCAGACACAGAGCUUAAAACUCUUAGGUGCCAAUUCUUCAAAGCUGGGGUUGGCACUGCAAACGUUCGCCCCCAUUUUUGGUGUGAGGGGCUCAGGCUUGGCUGGGUGCUGGUGCCCGGGAUCUGCUGCAAAGGAGAGGUGUGGAAAGACAGCUGGAGAAAAGCAGAGGCUUGGGAAAUCCUUUGUAACAACCAAUAGCUCCUUAAAUUCAAGCAGCCACUCACCAACGCUGCUGAAUAAACCCCGCGCCACUCAGCGAGAUCCCUGAAGGCAGCGUAAAGCUGAACGCAUUCUCUGCCAACCUUCUUUCUGUUCUUACCACCUUCCUGCUUCUCAAGGGAGCCACACAUUAAAGAGCAGCCCUGUCAAACUGGUUGUCUCCUCCACUUUGCUUCCUAGCUGGCAUCUGUUGUUCCACCACAUUCAGUGGCUCGCAGCAGGAUGGGCACAGGGAAGGAAGAAGCGAGAGGAGGCCAAAUUCACCGUAGGUGGAAGUGGUGCUGUGCCAGGGAGGGGCUGGCAGAGCUGCACAUGGCCUCAGCAUUGAGAGGAAAGGAAGAGCCCAGAUUUCAGGAUUUCAGGAGUAGCCCAGAGCAGACGCAGGUACUGCACAUGCCUUCCUCGGCCUGCUGCUCUGACACAACGAGGAGGACCCUUCCCCUUCGAGGAACAGUUUGGGAAGGUGUUUCCUGGGAUGCACUCCAUCCAUCCAUCCUGCCCUCCUACCACUCAGCUAGCCCUUGGGCCAGCCAGGGGCACAUCAACUGGCCCAUCCUGACUGAAGUAUCUGGCAGCGCCGCCCAACAAGCAGUAAAAGCCCAGAAGGGAGCCCAGCAGGCAGGUCCCAGGCGCUCACAGCAGGAUGGGCUGGGUUUAGUUACUCUCACUGCUACUCUACCUCAUUUUCCAGCUGCACUCAGCUGGGAGAAGAGAAUCCCUGAUAAAAAAAAAAAAAAAAAAAACACUAAAAAGAGCCACUAAGAUGAUUAAGGAAGGAAAGGCCAAGAAAUCUGGGCCUAUUCAGCCUAGAGAAGGGAAAGCUCAGGGGAAUUAAUGUAUAUAAAUACCUGCAGGAAGGGUGCAAAGAAGAUGGAGCCGGGCUCUUUUCAGUGAUGUCCAGUGACAGGACCAGAGGCAAUGGGCACAAACUGAAACACAGGAGGUUCUGCUUGAACAUCAGGAAACACUUUUUUUUUUUUUACUGUGAGAGAGACCAAGCACUUGGACAGGUUGCCAGAGGAGGUGUGGAAUUGCCAUCUUUAGAGACAGUCAAAAGCCAGCUGGACACGGUCUUGGGCAGCCUGCUCUGGGUGGCCAUGCUUGAGCAAAGGGACCAGAUGAACUCCAGCAGCCCUUUCCAAUCUCAAAUAUGCCGUGGGGGGAAAAAAAAAAAAAAAAAAAAAAAAGUCAUGCAACUGGUGUUAAGUAAGCUGAAGCCCCCUGGCUUUGGAAAAGACCAAGAGCUGAUGCUCCAAGACUGCAGCAGCCAGUGCAAACACAAACAUCAAUAGCCUUUGCUUACCUUGGGUAAGGUGUAGGUGAGCCCAGGCUGGAGAAAGCCCUGGGGGAGCCAGUGAGGGAGUCCUGCUCCAAGGUCAUUCCCUAGCCUGGGAGAAGCCACAUUGUGAAGGGGAACUUUUCAUGUGCACAGAGUCCCCUGGAAAAGGGAGGGCAACGUUUCCCCUUCACAUGCCCGUGCGUGAAGGCUGGAGACGUGCAGGUGGUAAACACCACAGGGAACUUCAGUCUCAGACGUCACUUUGAGCUGUUUCACAGCGGCAGUGUAACGCUGAGUGUGGCGGGGGGAACAGGGAGGUGACGGAGGCCUCGUCCACAUUCGGGGGGCUUUGAAGGGAGAAAUAGCCAAAGAAGCUUCCAGAGCACCUCUAGAUGUGAAAGAACGGAAGCACUUCCCUUACUAGAGCGUAAGUACCGAUAGAAAGAGGUUUGGAUCAAAUGCUUUGCCACCUGGCUACCCCAGCGGACUAGAUGUGUAAGUGACAGGCAACGGGAUGUCGAGCAGGGGACAGAUAGGCUGUUAGGGGUUAGGCGGGGACACGGCCGGCUGCUUCUGCCUUAGGAUGGAGCGAAGGUGGGCUUGUCCUCUUAGGCCAGCCUGGCUCACCGCGGUGCCCAAAAGAGCAUGAAGAAACGAGUGAACUUACUGAAGUAAAAAAUAAAACACAAACACCAAGCCUGCAGCCUCCAUGCAGGUGGGCUGUUGGGGCACGAGAGAAGGAAGCAGAGGAGUUGGAAAACAUGAGCAGGAGUAAGGAGGAGCUCUACAGUGAGUCUGGGCUGCCAGUUCGCUGCGUCCUGGCGAGGCUCUCGGGACACCCUUCCAGUCGUGUGUGUGUGUCAGUGCGUGUCUGUGUGUUUAUCGCGGUGCGUGUCAUCACGUGGUCGCUGCAUGAAGCCCUAUUCCUCUUCUUUAGCACCUCCCAGUCAUCUGCACGCGUUUCUUUUCCAGCGGGGUUGCUAGUUUUAGUCCCCUCUUCAAGCCGAGCCCCGGGAUUUCAUGGAGGGGUGACACCAGGAGGAUGGCUCAGUCCUGCGAGGCACCAAGCACUAAGGCACUGGAAACCCUUGCAGGCCAGAGCACACCGUUUAGGAAGAUUAUUUUUUUUUUCCAGUAGUGCUCUGCAGUGAGAACACAAGAACAAAACUUGGGAGUGCUGUUUUCUCUGAUUGUUAAUCCUUUUUUUUUUUUUUUUUUUUUUUCCCUGCACUCAAACCAAUUUUGCAUGCAUCAGACAGGAAGAGGUACAGCACACAUUGAUACUAACAGAGAGAGAGAGAUUAUACUCUGCUCUGGGUCUAAUCGUAGAAUAAUCUCUACUGUGGUUGAAAAGCAAUAAUGGCUAAUUUUUUUAUUAAAUACACUUGCACAGGCAAAUGUCACCGACAGUUUGUGUUCUCCCGCGGCCGUGCUGGGAGCGGUGACAACGCUUGUGCUCAAGCUAAGGGGAGCAGCUGAAGGCCGCAGAGAGCUUGGCGGUGGGGGGAGGCAAUAGAAAAAGCACACUGUGAUUUUAUUUGGGUCAACGAGUGAGUGUAUUUCAGCCAUUCCUUCCCUUUCAAUAAGAUGUUUGUAUAAUAGAUAACCAGUUCAGCUCCCGAAAAAACUAAGCCCGUCCUUUGCUGUUUGUCAGUAAAAUAGUUUUUUGCAUGUUUUGCAUCUGAGUGGUUUUUUCCAACCCUUUGAAGCGAAUGAUACUCCUGGGGUCAGAGGCUGGGGGCCUGCUAGGGGCACCACAGGGCACCAGCGUAGGGGCAAGGGGUUAAGAGAGGAGGAGGUACAAGCGUGGCCUGAAUGGGGGGGGAAAGCUGCACCCAGCCUCGCUCUCUGAAGGAGGGCUGUGCGUUCCCCCCAGGUUAUGUGACAUCAUAGGACACUGUCCCAGAUUUUAGCCUGCUUGUCUCCCAACUCCCUGGGAACACAGGGAAGCUCUAAGGUCCAAAACUGAUUUAAAAAGAAGAUAAAUAUUUUUCCUGUUAAAACCAAAUUCUGAGUGCAAGCAACCUCCAGAGAGGAGCGUGGGCCUCUCCCGCCUAUUGCUGGCAAGGGCAAGGCACAAAAGGCAGGGCAUAGGAAACCUGGGACUGGCAUGGCCAAGAACUGUCCUCAUUUCCCAUUCUAGCAGUACUGAACGCUGCCACCGUGAACCAGUCCUUUAUAACGGUCUUCAUUCUGCUCUUUUCUCUCCUGGAACAGGACCACACAUACACAAACAGAGCAAGUCUGACACUGAGUGGGACUUCAGUCCUUAUGCGCAAAGAUGCUGAUGCACGAGUUGUUCUACAAGUCUGGGCAAAUCUGGGCACAUCUUAGUCAGGCUUGGUGGAGACGUUACGUGACAGCAGAGCAGCAAGAAAAAAAAAAAAAACAAC